GCUCAGUGGCAGCCUGGCAGGCAACGUAGCAACCGGUACACUUGACGUGUAUGGUUUAUUUUUUUUUUUUGCUUGCUAGUCUGCUGCUCCCUCGUUCAGGUACUGUUGUUCAAUUAAAUACUGUUCUUGCUUUUUAACUCAAGUUUAAGGAAUAAUAGCUGCUCCAAUUACCAAGAUUAUUAAAAAAAAAAAGAAGGUGUAAAAGCAGUCAUAACAACAGUUUACCAUGUCUUCGGUUGUCUACAAAAAUUCCAUGAAAGCUAUUGGCAAAUUUGUUCCCGAGAGCCUGCAGCCACUGUGGAAACACCCAGCAGGUCCACAAACAAUUUUUUUCUGGGCUCCAGCAUUCAAAUGGGGUCUUGUUUUAGCUGGUUUAGGAGAUCUCCAAAGACCAGCUGACAAAAUUUCUGUCAGUCAAUCGAGUGCUCUUGGCUUAACUGGAGCUAUUUGGACUAGAUACUCUCUUGCAAUCACACCUAAAAAUUGGAGUUUAUUCAGUGUUAAUCUUUUUGUUGCAUUCACAGCUAUUUAUCAAGUAGCUAGAGCCAUCAAUUAUCAAAGACAACAAGCUAGUCAACAAAAAGCCUCAGCAGUACCGACUUAACAGCUAGAAAAUUUUAAUGGAACAUUCCUGUGUUUAAACAGACUUUGGUCUGUUAUGAACGAAAUUAAAUUAUUUUGCCCAGAUAACUAUUAUAAUAAUGUUAUUUUGUGAAGUACAGUUGAUCUGAAAAGAAAUCGUUAGAGUAAUCAUACGAACAUUUAACGAAAUAUGUAAAGAAACAAAAUAUUCUGUUAAGUUCCUCCAUUAGAAUAUUUUUAUAGAAAAAACGGGCAGGCCCUGACGAGAUAUUGUUUCUAUUUUUGUUACAAUAUACUUACUGUUAACAAUCCAAUGGUUACACACAUUACGAUCAAUCAAAAUAAAAUAUUUAUUCAACACAAAA